UUCUAUCAUCAAGUCAGCAGAACUUCAUUUUGCAUCAAGUUCCUAGACACUGGCUACUGCUCAGGUCUCGCAUGAGGAUUGAAGAUUUACCCUUGUAAUCAUGGCAAGUCCUGACGACUUAACGUUUCAAGAAUUCGAGGAGGCUGCAGACCUACUGUCAGCAGACCCUGGGGCCUCUACCCUCAGCGUGUCCACCUCAAGUGGCACAACAGCUGGGGCCCAGGACAUUAAAGUAGACCUGUCUGAGGAUGAAGACAACCAUCAGGAGAGCUCAGGGCUACUAGGUGAGGAGAAACAAACCAGUGGUUUUUGGACAUUUGAAUACUACCAGUCAUUCUUCAAUAUAAACACAAUGCAGGUGGUGGAUAGGAUCAGAGGAUCUGUGAUGCCUUUGCCUGGACGAAAUUUUAUAAGGCAUCACAUCCGAAACAAUCCAGAUUUAUAUGGACCCUUCUGGAUCUGCGUGACACUGGUGUUCUCAGUGGCCAUCAGUGGGAAUCUUUCUACCUUUCUUGCCCAGCAGGGUGACCAGAAGUAUCACUACAGGCCCCAGUUCCACAGAGUGACAAUAGCAGCAGUUGUGGUGUUCCUCUAUGCAUGGCUUGUGCCUCUGGGUGUCUGGGGUUUCCUGACCUGGCGGAAGGGCAAUGAGCGCCAGACCAGUGGGUAUUCCUUCCUGGAGACAGUGUGUGUCUAUGGAUACUCCCUAUUUAUCUUCAUCCCCACCUCGAUAUUAUGGAGCAUACCUUUUGAGUGGGUACAGUGGACUCUCAUUCUAAUCGCCAUGGUAAUCUCUGGCUCAGUACUAGUCCUCACGUUUUGGCCUGUUGUCCGCGACGACACCAAGGCGGCUGCUUUUGCCACAGUGGCAUGCAUAGUGGUGCUCCAUGCACUGCUGGCUAUUGGUUGCAAGCUCUAUUUCUUUGAAACGGCUUUGGAAAUGAAGCCCAUUCCCACUCCAGGCCAUGCUGUCACGAAUACCAGCAAAAUUAACUAAGACAAUAGUUGAGUGGUGUACGUCUUAGGCUGCUUUCUUGGAGAUUGAGAUGGGGCAGUGGUUUUUUGGGGAGGGGUCUGAAUUAAUUUGUAUCAAAACAAAUCCUCUAUUUUUGCACUUGUGCAGCAAAUAAAUCCAGAUGUAAUGGAUGAAUGUUUGAUAUGGAUUAGGGUUGUGUUAGCUGUGUUAUGGUUCAUUCCCAAUUUCCUCAUCCCCUCAACCUCCCCCCUAGGUUUACUAAUUAUGGAAUGAGAACACUUAUUAUUUAUUUGUACUUUACUGUGUCGCUUUUUAUUUUCCUGUUUUGACUUGGGAAUGUCCCUGGUAUGUAAAUAAACAGUCAUUCCACUAAAAUUGA